AUGCAGUUUGCACAUAUUAUCACAAUUGCAGGGUUGGCUGCUGGAGUUAUCGCUGCUCCUGUCAAUGGGCAAAAAGCAACGUUUUACAAUGCCUCUGUUGGAAUUGGUGCAUGUGGAAGACAACUUGACGAGUCCGACAUGGGUGUGGCUUUGAGCACUGAAAUGAACUGCAAAGCGUUUUGCGGAAUGAAUGUCGAAAUCAAUAGCAAUGGGAACACAAUUUCAGCACCUGUUGUCGAUUGCUGCCCGGGUUGCAACAGUGAUCACAUAGACGUAACCCCAAAUAUCUUUGAGUCUCUUAAUAUCCCCAAGUCUGAGGGUGUCGCAGAUGUCUCAUUUUUUCUAGGCUAA